AUGGCGGCGGUAGUAAUAUUGAUUGUUUUAGGUGUGGUAAGAUUCUCAACCGUUCAUAGCAGCUUGAUACCAGGCAGUGCUACAGUGCACUGCAGUGCAAUGCCAAAUAAAACCAGUGUCAGUGAUGAAGUUAAUUGUGUCGAGUGCUUCUUUCCUGACAACUGUAUAGAGAACAAUUUGUGCAAGCCUGGAACCACAGGUCUAACUUGUGAACAAUGUGCUCAGCCAGGAGACGGUGAGCCAGGCUACCAUAGGCUGGGCUGUGCCUGUGUCUUGUGUUCGCCUGUACCCUGGUCUGCAGUGUGUGGUGUGGUUGUGCUGCUCUCUGUCAUAGUUAGGAUUGAAAUGCAUGGUUUUACCCUAUCUUUAGUGGUUAAGCUGAAGCUGCUUCUGCAUUUCCUACAUCUGAUUUUGCUAAGCCUGUCAAUCAAGAUAGCCUGGCCUUCUCUUCUGUUGGACACUUUCACUAAUUUCACCUUUGCCUGGCUUUCCUCCAAGAUGAUCACUCUAGAAUGCUACUUUCCCAUUCCCAGAAUGACAACUAUAUAUUUAGAAUGGUGGUCUGUUAUAGGGAUGCUGUGCAUCGCUCUUGUGACGUCAGUAUUAAUUGACAAAAAACUGAAACACAAAAUAGACAUUGGAUUUGUGCCUGAUGGUAAAAGAAUGGUGAGUUUGUGGACAAAAAGGAGGACUGUAAGGAGAUCAGCUUUGCUCAUUUUCAGCAUUUUUUACACUCCACUGAUAUUCAUGUCAAUCAAGUCAUUUGCUUGCUCUGGUGAUCUGGAGCCUCUGCUAAACUACACAUAUGACGUGUUUCUGUAUGACCAGGCUCAAAGUUGUGAGGAUUUUUCCUUUCAGAUAUUUUAUUUCAUCAGUGCUGGUUGCGUGGUGGUGGUAGGUUUCUUGGUCCCAGCAGCCAUUGCAUUCAUUACAUUGUGCCUAAGAAAGUGGGAUUCAUUGAACAAAAACAUGGUCAAGGAUGGAUAUGUUUAUGAGGCUUACAGCAGGACCUUCUGUUUUUGGGAAAGUGUUCCAUUCUUUAGGAAGCUAAUGUGCAUUAUAAUAACAGAUGUCAAUCCUGUAAAGCCAUUUAUUCAAGCCAUUGUCCAUUUAUCUUUGACAUUGGCCUACACAAUAACUGUAAUUGCUGGACGGCCAUACAGGGCAUGUAGAUGGACGUUUUCUUCACAGCUAAGAAUUGUAGAAAUUCACAACGGUUUUGAGAUUUUUUCAAACAUGGCUGUUGCACUUCUCCAGCUUUAUCCUGUGCUGCAGCUGACAGGCCUGCUGCCCCCGUACUAUGACGUGUGUGUUGUUGCAGUGAGUGUACUGGUGCUGGUUGUCUGGGUGUGCAUGCUGGCACUUAUUCCAUUUGAAGAAAAAAUGGAAGAGGCAGAAGUAUAUGAGAUCCCCCCUCAAGAUGUCCAACCAUCUAGAAAACCAUUUGAGUUUUGGAAAAGAAAUAAAGCUGGAGAAGUGGUCACACUGACAGAACUGCAACAGAGGGAGAGGGCAUUGGACUUCUGAUUGAGAAAAAGUAAAUUAUGUUAUGAUGGAGACAGUAGAACUAGGUAGCCUUGGGUCACUCUAGUCUCUUCUAGGCCUGAAAGUCUUGAAAUUGGUUUAUUUUAGGCGGUCAUCUCUGGAGUCAGAUAUCACUUUAGUUUUUAUGUACAGACACUGUCAGCAUCAUCACUGUCCAAUAUAUCCCUUUAGACUUUUUUAAUGGCUGUUAUUAAUUUUUAACAUAUACAUAUGUUGGUGAAGUUUGCCCCAAAAGUUAAUUUUUUUUUUUUUUCAAAUUUGACGAGUCGCUAUUUGGUAACAAAUGCAUUUUC